AUGCAGCUCCCUGUCUCCUGGCUGGGAGCAAGCACCCCUGGGGGACAGGCCCCCGGCUGGGAGAACCCCCGGAGGACGGGCCCCCAGCUGGGAGCACCCCUGGAGGUCGGGGCCCCGGCUGGGAGCACCCCUGGAGGUCGGGGCCCCGGCUGGGAGCGGCCCUGGAGGUCGGGGUCCCGGCUGGGAGCGCCCCUGGAGGUCGGGGCCCUGGCUGGGAGCGCCCCUGGGGGACGGGCACCCGGCUGGGAGAGCCCCUGGGGGACGGGCACCCGGCUGGGAGCACCCCUGGGGGACAGGCCCCCGGCUGGGAGAACCCCCGGAGGACGGGUCCCCGGCUGGGAGCACCCCUGGAGGUCGGGGCCCCGGCUGGGAGCGGCCCUGGAGGUCGGGUCCCGGCUGGGAGCACCCCUGGAGGUCGGGGCCCUGGCUGGGAGCGCCCCUGGGGGACGGGCCCCGGCUGGGAGAGCCCCUGGGGGACGGGCACCCGGCUGGGAGAACCCCCGGAGGACGGGCCCCCAGCUGGGAGCACCCCUGGAGGUCGGGGCCCCGGCUGGGAGCACCCCUGGAGGUCGGGGCCCCGGCUGGGAGCGGCCCUGGAGGUCGGGGUCCCGGCUGGGAGCGCCCCUGGAGGUCGGGGCCCUGGCUGGGAGCGGCCCUGGAGGUCGGGGUCCCGGCUGGGAGCACCCCUGGAGGUCGGGGCCCUGGCUGGGAGCGCCCCUGGAGGACGGGCACCCGGCUGGGAGCACCCCUGGAGGUCGGGGCCCUGGCUGGGAGCGCCCCUGGGGGACGGGCCCUGGCUGGGAGCGGUCCUGGAGGUCGGGGUCCCGGCUGGGAGUGCCCCUGGAGGUCGGGGCCCUGGCUGGGAGCGCCCCUGGGGGACGGGCCCUGGCUGGGAGAGCCCCUGGGGGACGGGCACCCGGCUGGGAGCACCCCUGGGGGACAGGCCCCCGGCUGGGAGAACCCCUGGAGGACGGGCCCUGGCUGGGAGAGCCCCUGGAGGAUGGGCCCCAGCUGGGAGAGCCCCUGGAAGACGGGCACCCGGCUGGGAGAACCCCUGGAGGUCAGGGCCCCGGCUGGGAGCGGCCCUGGAGGUUGGGGUCCCGGCUGGGAGCGCCCCUGGAGGUCGGGGCCUCGGGUGGGAGAGCCCAUGGAGGACGGGCACCCGGCUGGGAGAGGAGCCCCUGGGGGACGGGCACCCGGCUGGGAGCGCCCCUGGGGGACGGGCACCCGGCUGGGAGAGCCCCUGGAGGACGGGCCCCGUCUGGGAGAGCCCCUGGAGGACGGGCACCUGGCUGGGAGAACCCCUGGAGGUCGGGGCCCUGGCUGGGAGCCCCCCUGGGGGACGGGCCCCUGGCUGGUAGAACCCCUGGGGGAUGGGCACCCGGCUGGGAGCGCCCCUGGGGGACGGGCCCCCGGCUGGGAGAACCCCUGGAGGACGGGCACCCGGCUGGGAGAGCCCCUGGAGGACGGGGCCCUGGCUGGGAGAGCCCCUGGAGGUCAGGCCCCGGCUGGGAGCACCCCUGGAGGACAGGCCCUGGCUGGGAGAGCCCCUGGAGGUCGGGGCCCUGGCUGGGAGAGCCCCUGGGGGACGGGCACCCGGCUGGGAGCGCCCCUGGGGGACGGGCCCCCGGCUGGGAGAACCCCUGGAGGACAGGCCCCCGGCUGGGACGGCCCCUGGAGGACAGGGCCCCGGCUGGGAGGGCCCCUGGAUGUCAGGCUCCCGGCUGGGAGAGCCCCUGGAGGUCGGGCCCCCGGCUGAGAGCGCCCCUCCCGGACAGGCCCCCGCUGGGAGCACCCCUGGAGGAUGGGCCCCGGCUGGGAGAGUCCCUGGAAGAUGGGCACCCGGCUGGGAGCGCCCCCCAGGGACAGGCCCCCCGGCUGGGAGCACCCCUGGAGGUCGGGGCCCCCGGCUGGGAGUGUCCCUGGGGGACGGGCCCCUGGCUGGGAGAACCCCUGGAGGACGGGCCCCAGCUGGGAGAGCCCCUGGAGGACGGGCACCCGGCUGGGAGAACCCCUGGAGGACGGGCCCCGGCUGGGAGAGCCCUUGGAGGACGGGCACCCAGCUGGGAGAACCCCUGGGGGACAGGUCCCGGCUGGGAGAGCCCCUGGAGGUCAGGGCCCUGGCUGGGAGUGCCCCUGGGGGACGGGCACCCGGCUGGGAGUACCCCUGGAGGUCGGGGCCCUGGCUGGGAGCCCCCUGGGGGACGGGCCCCUGGCUGUUCCGAGGCCUUCAAAAAAGUAGGUGUGCAUCACGGGCGGGAGUCCGCACCCAGCGUGUGUGCAGAGCGCGUGGUCGGGGACGACGAGAGACGGGCAGCGGGAGGGACGUUUGGAUGCCGGCCGUCCCCGGAGACGCUGGGUUUCAUGUCCCUGCGGGAAGAAGAGUGCGCAAGCUCCACGGAGCUGGGUCCCCGCGGCCUCAGGCUGGCGCUGGUUGUUCCAAACAUAUGCAGACGGCAAGAUGCAGCUCGAAGCCCUGAGAAGCCGUGCCUUCCCCAACCGUCCACGGCGGCCCUGCCUCCUGGCCUGUCCGCGCAGCUGCUCCCUGACCUCACCCCUGCGCGGUCACAGGAAGGGCGUGCCCGCAGCGCCCGCAGCCCUGUGGCGGCCAGUCUGCCGGAUGGGCUCCUGGCCCUGUCCCGUGGGGCCGGGGGCCGAGCAGAGGCCUGA